UAUUUCCCUGAAGUCAAAACCAAAGGCAUGGCUGCAGUCCCUAAACUGGUUCUCUUUACCUCAGAACAUAGUCACUACUCAAUAAAGAAAGCUGGAGCUGCACUUGGAUUUGGAACAGACAAUGUAAUUUUGAUAAAGUGCAAUGAAAGAGGCAAAAUAAUACCAGCUGAUUUGGAAGCAAAAAUUUUGGAAGCAAAACAAAAGGGAUACAUUCCUCUCUUCGUAAAUGCAACUGCGGGCACAACAGUUUACGGAGCCUUUGAUCCAAUACAGGAGAUUGCAGAUAUAUGUGAAAAAUACAACCUCUGGCUCCAUGUAGAUGCUGCUUGGGGAGGUGGACUCUUAAUGUCCCGAAAGCAUCGUCAUAAGCUGAAUGGAAUAGAAAGAGCUAAUUCAGUCACUUGGAAUCCACACAAGAUGAUGGGAGUAUUGCUGCAGUGUUCUGCCAUUCUGGUCCGGGAGAAGGGUAUACUUCAAGGCUGCAAUCAAAUGUGUGCAGGAUAUCUUUUCCAGCAAGACAAACAAUAUGACGUAUCCUAUGACACCGGAGAUAAGGCAAUACAGUGUGGUCGACAUGUGGACAUUUUCAAAUUCUGGUUGAUGUGGAAGGCAAAGGGUACAGUGGGAUUUGAAAAUCAGAUCAACAAAUGCCUGGAACUGGCAGAAUACCUCUAUACUAAAAUAAAAAACAGAGAAGAAUUUGAGAUGGUCUUUGAAGGAGAGCACACGAAUGUAUGUUUUUGGUAUAUUCCACCAAGUCUCAGAGGUAUGCCAGACUGUGAUGAGAGACGAGAAAAGCUGCACAAGGUGGCACCGAAAAUCAAAGCCCUGAUGAUGGAGUCGGGUACUACCAUGGUUGGAUAUCAGCCUCAGGGCGAUAAGGUCAACUUCUUCCGAAUGGUCAUCUCAAACCCAGCAGCAACUAAGUCUGACAUAGACUUCCUCCUUGAGGAAAUAGAGAGAUUGGGGCAGGAGCUGUAG